AUCAAAUAUAUAUGUGCGUGUCUAUUUUAAUUUUAAUUAGAUAAAAAAAUUGUCCUAAUGAUCUGAUGUUGCUUAAAUUAGUAGAGCCUCCGAAAAUCCACCAAAAAACUCCACUUCUCGCUCUCUUUCUCUCUCUUUUCCCCUUCCUUUUUUGUUUCUUCAAAAGAACGAUAUCAAUCUAAAGAAAUUUUAAGAACCGCUAAAUGGCUUCAGCUUCAGAGAAUAUUUACGUCGAGCAUGUUAAAGGCGUCAAUGGUCUCGAUAAGGUCAUCUUAAGGGAGAUUCGCGGUUGGUCUGCUGAGGUGUAUCUCUAUGGGGGUCAAGUCACAUCUUGGAAGAAUGAACGUCGGGAGGAGUUGCUCUUCCUUAGUAGUAAGGCUCUUUUUCAGCCACCUAAGCCUAUUCGUGGAGGUAUACCAAUCUGUUUCCCUCAAUUCGGAAAUCUCGACUCUCUUGAGCAACAUGGAUUUGCAAGAAAUCGACUUUGGAGUGUUGAUCCUGAUCCCCCACCAUGUUCAUCACAUACUAAUAGCAGGGCUUUCAUCGACUUAAUUCUUAGGCAUUCUGAAGAAGAGGCGAAGAUCUGGUCUCACAGGUAUGAGCUUCGGUUAAGGGUAGCUCUAGGACCUGCAGGUGAUUUGAUGCUGACUUCCCGCAUUCGAAAUACAAACACUGAUGGAAAGUCGUUUACAUUUACAUUUGCCUAUCACACCUAUUUUUUCGUCACUGAUAUCAGUGAAGUGCGAGUAGAAGGACUAGAGACACUGGAUUAUUUGGAUAACCUGCAGAACAGAGAGCGGUUCACUGAACAAGGGGAUGCAAUAACAUUUGAAUCAGAAGUGGAUAAGAUAUAUCUUAGUACACCAACAAAAAUUGCCAUCCUGGACCACGAAAGGAAGCGAACAUUUGAGUUGCGAAAGGAUGGACUUCCCGAUGCUGUCGUGUGGAAUCCCUGGGACAAGAAAGCGAAAGCAAUGGCUGAUUUCGGUGAUGAGGAGUAUAAACAUAUGCUUUGCGUAGAGGCUGCUUGUGUGGAGAAGCCCAUCACGUUGAAACCUGGUGAAGAGUGGAAAGGAAGACAGGAGAUCUCAAUUGUUCCAUCAAGUUACUGCAGCGGACAACUCGACCCGCGUGGACAACUCGACCUGCGUAGGGUAACCUUUGGUUGUUAAACACUGGCUUUUGCUUCAACAUCCUUUGUACAGUUCAAAUCGCAAAAACACUGCCGAUUCAGCAUCCACAAUUGGUGCCAGUCACCAGCCAAGCAUUUAAUUUACAAAUUGUCCCUGUGCCUAAAGUUUUGAUAUGAAGGGUAUGGUAAUUUUGCAUAUCUGUUUCUUUGGGGGUUUUGAUUGGUUACCUCUCCAUUCUUAUUCUUUCAUUUUUAUUUUUUUUGCAUCCUUCCAAUUUCUUCUUAUAGUAUUAACUUUCUGAGAAUUGUCCAAGCGAUUUAUUAGUGUGUCAGUUUGGUAAUAAAAUCCUUUGCUUCUAUUCGUGAGAUUAUUUGCAAUAACUGUUACCCUUGCUUUGCUUCCCUGAUGAUGUAUGUUUGUAUGUAUAAUAUUGUGAGCCGUGUAUUUGAAAAAAUAAAUUCCUUUUUUUUUUUCUA